GUUUGGGACCAAUACAGAUAAAUGUUAAUGCUUAAGAUGUAAAUGUAUAUUGGAUCAAAUGUACGGGACCAAUAUGAGAGUUUACUCAUUUGUUAGAAGUACUACUUUGAAAACGUAUGGAUCUGAUCUUCCCUUCAUUAAAAACAAAAAAGAACUCUUGUACUCUGUUAUCGUUCAGAACUUCAGAUUGAUUUCUUUCUCUUCACAUUUUCAGCCCAUAUUAACGACGAUGGCAGCAGCAAGUACUGAUGAUAUAAAGCUUAUUGGAGUACGUGCAAGCCCCUAUGUGAAUCGGGUUCAAUUUGCUUUGAAUCUCAAGUCAAUAAACUACGAAUUGCUUGUGGAGAAUUUGGCCGAUAAAAGCGAGUUCCUCCUGAAAUCGAACCCAAUUCACAAGAAGGUCCCAGUUCUAAUCCAUGGCGAUAAGCCCAUCUGCGAGUCACUUGCGAUUGUGGAGUACAUAGAUGAAGCCUUUCCCGAAGGUCCCUCUAUCCUUCCAUCGGAUCCCUAUGAUCGAGCAACAGCUCGUUUCUGGGCUGCUUAUAUCGAUGAAAAGUGGUUUCCAAUGGUAUUGAGAUGGCUAACUGAUUCAAAAGAAGAAGAGUUCAAAAGGGCCCCAGUUUUGGAGAAACUAACAGAAGGGGUAAUAUUAAUGGAGGAUGCUUUGGUGAAGUCUAGUUAUAACAAUGGGAAAGGAUUUUUUGGUGGAAAUAGUCCAGGAUACCUCGACAUUGUUUUGGGUUGCCAUUUGGCCUGGCUUAAGGUUGUAGAGAUUGAUUCGAGUACAAAAUUACUGGAUGAAACCAAGGCACCUGCACUUGCAGAAUGGGCUGAGAGGAUUAAGUCUCAUGAAGCUGUAAAAGGAACUCUUCCUACAACUGAAGAACUCUUCAACCUUCUUAGAAAGAGUCAACAAGCUCAAGCUGCUUCUAAAGCUUCCAAUUGAAACUGCUUGUUAACUUCCUUGUUUUGCUGAUUUGCUAGGCUACAUUUGUUUUGGAGCUCCUUUUCUUUUUUUCUUUUUUUUUGGGUCAAUUUCAUGUAUAUGUUGGAAAGGAUCACAUAUAUUGUUCUUUCGUUUCAGUUUCUGGCAAUAUCAUUUGACUUGAUAAGAUCCAAGCGAAGGCGGACAAAUUACUAGUAGUAGUAUAAUUCUUUAGUUGAGCC